AUGAAAAUUCUGGUGUGUGGAGAUGUGGAGGGUCACUUUAAGCAACUGUUUAGCAGAGUCCAGAGCAUCCUCUCCAAGAACAAAGACUUUGAGCUGCUGUUGUGUGUUGGAUCUUUCUUUAGCUCAGACUGCCAGGAGGAGUGGAGCAAGUAUCGGGAGGGGGUGGAAACAGUGCCUCUACCGACGUUCAUCCUUGGCCCGUGUUGGACUGAGCAUGGCCAGUUCUAUGGAGACUUGUCACGUGAUGGAGGAGAGCUUUGCCCCAAUGUCACAUGUCUAGGUCAGCGUGGAGUGUACAGUGCGUCCAGUGGUCUGAGGGUGGCCUAUCUCAGUGGGAGCUACCAGGGGAGGACCUAUCAGCAUCAAGACAAGGGAGAUAAUCUAUUGGUCAGUUCUCUUCUCAAUCACCUGGAGAAGUUGUUGAACUAGUUUUUGUUUCUCCCUCUAGCGACCAUAUUUCACUGACUCUGAUGUGUCCUGGCUGGAGGGUGAGUGCAGUGGAGAGGGCUACCGUGGAGUGGACAUUCUCCUCACCUCUGAUUGGCCCGGGGCAGUGGACAAGUUCACAGUGGCUCCUGUGAGACCUAGCUCCCAGUUAUUGUAGGAUGGACCAGUACCUUAAUAAUACCUUAUGCUCAUGCAGGACGGACUGGACCUGAGUGCAGUGGGGGCAAAGCCUCUGAGUAAACUGGCCAUGUGUCUCAAGCCACGCUACCAUUUUGCAGCUCUACACCAAACCUUCUAUGAGAGAAUACCGUACAGGUACAGUACGACCAUCCCUGUAUUUUGAAGUAUUAGAGUCUGCUCUUUAAAUUGAGUUCUGAUGUUCUAGAAGCCUGUUUAGAUGGUAUUCUAAAAACUUUUUUUUUUGAAACGAGCGAUGAUUUCUUUUUUUCGGAAAAAGGCCUUAACUUGAAAGGCUUUUUUGGGAUUCAAAAUAACUCUGUCCCUGAGUUUUGGGUGAGAUCCAGAUAUGAGUGAGGGGGGAUUUUUGCUGUUUUCGAUCCAAUCCUACUAUUAGCACUACAUAAUUACGAUUUAACGUAUUGAAAGGCGUUUUUCUAAAUAUCAGAAAAUGAAUGUGCAUGAUUUGACCAACACAACUAAAGU